UUACGACAACCAAAAUUCGUAUUCUUCAGAAUUUUUAUAAACUCUUUUUAAUUUUACACAAUAGACACAAUUUUUUGUAAUUUUCAAGCGAAAUGUCUGCUUUAAUUCUUCUCUUAACUAUUGGUGUUUUGGCAAUUGCCACUCAUUCACCGUUUAUAAACUGUAUGAAGAAACACGAUGAGUAUGAAAAAUUGCGGAAAUCAGUUAUGAAAAUAAAUAUUGAAUCGGGUGGAUCUUCUGAGAGAUUGAAAAACGUCGAACAAGCUCAUUUAGCUGACUUAGAUUGUUCUUCAUUGAGUUUGAGCCCCACAAAAUUACAAUUUGAAUUAUUAUCUGUUCAAUUGAAUGAGCUUAAACUCGUGAUUGAUCAAAACGCUUAUAAGGCUGAUCAAACUAAACUGACGAAAUUUCAUAACAAAAUUAGAAAUAUUACGUCUUCUGUGGUGCCAGGGUUGGAGAAAGCAUAUGAAAAUGGUAAAAAAUGCUGCACAAAAGGAACAAUGUUAAAGAAACUUACACCAUCCAAUUCGCGAGUGUGGAAACAAUUUGCUGAACUACCAUCUGUAGCCGAUCGUGUUAGAGGAUCUGUCGAAAAAUUAUCAUCACAGAUUCCUGGAGUCAUUUCCAGAAUAAAUUCAAUUAACAAAUCAUCUGAUUUGAAUGAAUAUUUGCAAAAGGUUGAACAAGGAUAUGAGAAUGAUAUUAAAGAUAUUAAUAAAGACAUUGCACGCGUUCAAGGUGUCGGUUGUUCCAAGUAGAAAUGAUUUAUGAAUUAUUGUAUUUCAAUAAAAUUCAAGACGAUAAAAUUUCAA